GGCGGAAGAAACUCUGUCGCGCAGAGGCGUUACCGAUAGUCGAAGCAGAAGGUGCUGGAAUAGCGCGCGCAGGUUGUUUGUGUCGCGUUCGCUUCCGUUAACACAAUUUCGUAAUUAUUCAAACGGGAAGAGUAUACUUCGAUGUUGAAGGAAAAUAAGAAUUAGGAGGUCGCCGUUGAUCAGAAUAAGGAGGCUCGAUUAACUUGUACAUCAAAUCAAAAGCUAUUGGCCCUUGCAGCCAAUCGAACAGUGUUUUUUAAGCACGUGGGAUAUCGCAAUGACGGUUUUUAGUGGCAUGGGAUAUAUUUGUGGCCGACCAACGAUACAAUCCUUGUGGCUCGAUCGAUCUAGCGUGUAAUAAUGAAAAGACAAAACGUGCACGAAUUUCCAAUACGAUUUUCUACAGGAAAAAUUCUCCAAGCCCGUGAAUGUUGUACGACCAUCUAUUUGGCCCAUUGGGCCGGAUUGUUCUGAUCGGGAUCGGCGCCGGAGCAUUGUUCCUCACGUUCGUGGUGCUCUUGUGUUUCUUCACACCUGGCUGUCUCGUCUACGAAUGCAUGCGACGCCGAACAAAGACAGACGUCAAGCCGGUGCCGGUGCAAGUCAAUGGCUCAAGCAACGAUAACAUGAAAUUGGGCGACGUCAGCUAUCGAUCCUGGCGCCUCGGAAGCCUCUACGAAAAUGGUAGCACUUGCGAUCACACGGAUUCCCAGAGGGAAUCUCUCAACUCCAACAAUGUCCAGUUCGAGGCGAUGGACACGGCAUCAACAAUGAAUCUCAUCAAAGCGGAGGAGCAAAAAAGUGAGAACAGACUGAAGGACUUUCCCACUGAGCUGACGAUGAGUCUCCAGUAUUUACCGCCACUCGACGACAAUAUUACGGGCAAACUCGUCAUCGGGAUCGAGGCAGUGUCCAAUCUACCACCGAAGCCCUACAAUUGUACCUUGGAGCCUUACGUUGCUCUCAAUAUUGUUAAACAAUCGUGGACGAGCAGAAAAAGAAUGAAAUUACACAGCUUCAGAACGAGAGGCAUAAGGCAUACGUCGACUCCGAUUUAUCGAGAGACUUUUGUCGUUGCUGAUGUCCGGCCCCACGAAGUCAAGGAAUGGAUUCUCGAUAUCGCAGCUUACGAUCACGAUCGAUAUGCGAACCACACAGAGCUCGCGAACCUUCGAGUGGCCUUGAGGGACGUCAAAAAAGUAUUGUACAGUCCGGAAAUACACCUUUUCAAUUACAAAAUGAAACCGUCCAACCGCGAAUUCGGAAGUAUUUUAUUAGGCAUAAGUUAUUUACCCACCGCCCAGAGACUGACGAUCAACAUUAUGAAACUACGUGAUUUGAAAUUCAUACCAAGCGUCAAGAGCCUGGAAGAAUUUAAUCCAUACGUAAGGGUACUAAUGUUGAAUGGCAAAACCGGAAGGAAGCUGAAGAAGAAAAAAACCAAGUUUUUACGAUCUACAGCCCAGCCGGAGUUCAACGAGACUCUCACCUUCGACCUGCUUCACAAUCAAUUGGAUACCGUUCAAUUUCUCAUCGUACUUUGCAGCAAGAUCAAUGUAGAGGAAGCAGGAAACACUGACCAUCCGAGCGACAGCGAAGAUUCCGUCCAUUCCUACAGGAGGUCCAAAGACGUUUUUAUCGGUAAAGUAGCGCUGGGCAAAGGCGUUCGAGGCUCGGAGGAAAAGUUACACUGGUUCUCGGUGUUUCAAAAUCCUCGAAAGCUCGUGACGAUUUGGCAUACGCUUAAAUGACGAUUGUGUUAUUGAAAUAAGUGAAAAAAUGUGCAAUAAACGCUUCGAAACCAAUUA